AUGAGUUGGCGCAAUGCCGGUAUCCUUGUCCGCCAAAACGGUGACAGCCUUGUACCUGCGUUGUGUGUGGAGGCCUGCAACGAAGCCGCCACAGCAGGCCAACAAACCCCCCAAAGCACCCUCUGCACCUCCAAAAACUUCCUCUUCUUCGUGGAUCAGUGCAUAAGAUGCAUCAAAGAGACAAUCGACACCUCUCCCUUUGGUGCAACGCCUAUCCCAUCUUUGCUGCCCUAUCUGCAAGACUGUCACAUGCUGGGAUACACCGUCAAACAUGUACCAGUGACGAAUGACAAGACGUCAACUGUGACCUUUUUGCUGCCGACUGAUGCUGCUGCGACAGAUGUGACGCCUACAGGUCAAUCCAGCUCCAGUCGUGUUAUAUCGUCUACGUCUUCUGGUAGCAAGCGUGUGACUCCAAGUUCACGUACUUUGACGUCUUCUAGCAGCCAGAGUGGAGCUUCAAGUUUGCAUACCUCAAUAUCCUCUAGCCAAAGCGUCAUCUCAACAACACCAUCUCAAACCGCAUCUCCUCACACAACAUCCUCCCAAAACCACGCCUGGAUAGCCGGCGCCGUCAUCGCCCCCAUUGCCAUCCUCGCCAUCAUCAGCCUCUCAUUCUGCCUCAGGAAACGCCACAAACGGACAAAGAAGCAGACCGAAUACGACAUUGACUCAACCUACGGAAAGGCACAACUAGAAUCCGACACAAACGGCAUCCACGAGCUGGACUCGACUCCAAUAAGAGGCGAGAUGCCUGCAAACGAGGCGCCUGCAAACGAAAAGCCCGCGAAUGAAGCGCCUGCGGUGGAGUUGGCAAGCAAGGCAUGA